AGUCCCCAAAACAGAGCAGGGCAAAAACAGAGCACUAUAUUUAUUAAAACCCCCAAGACGGCCCCUCCUCCUUCUCCUUUAUCCUCUUCGUCGCCAUGGGAGAAGAUGCAGAGUGGGUUCGGGUCGAAGGUCCCAUCGUGAUCGGAGCGGGUCCUUCCGGGCUCGCCGUCGCCGCCUGCCUGAAACAGAACGGCGUCCCCUGCCUCCUCCUCGAGCGGAGCGACUGCAUUGCUUCGCUGUGGCAGCAGCGGACCUACCACCGCCUCAAGCUCCACCUCCCCAAGCAGUUCUGCCAGCUUCCCCUCUUCGACUUCCCCGGAAACUUCCCAAAGUACCCUUCCAAGCGCCAGUUCAUCUCCUACAUGGAGUCCUACGCCGCCCACUUCUCAAUCCGGCCCGUGUUCGACCAGGAGUGGGUUCGGGUCGAAGGUCCCAUCGUGAUCGGAGCGGGUCCUUCCGGGCUCGCCGUCGCCGCCUGCCUGAAACAGAACGGCGUCCCCUGCCUCCUCCUCGAGCGGAGCGACUGCAUUGCUUCGCUGUGGCAGCAGCGGACCUACCACCGCCUCAAGCUCCACCUCCCCAAGCAGUUCUGCCAGCUUCCCCUCUUCGACUUCCCCGGAAACUUCCCAAAGUACCCUUCCAAGCGCCAGUUCAUCUCCUACAUGGAGUCCUACGCCGCCCACUUCUCAAUCCGGCCCGUGUUCGACCAGGAGGUGAGGACGGCGGAGUUCCACCCCGCCCGCGGCGUCUGGGUCGUGGUCACCGGAGACCGCACGUACUGCUCGCCGUGGUUGGUCGUCGCCACCGGCGAGAAUGCCGAGCCGCUGGUCCCCGAUAUCCCGGGGCUCGACCGGUUCGCCGGCCCCGUCGUGCACACGAGCAUGUACCGGUCCGGUUCGGAAUUCAAGAACCACCGAGUACUGGUGGUGGGCUGCGGGAACUCCGGCAUGGAGGUCAGCAUGGACCUGUGCAGCCAUAACGCCAGCCCUCACAUGGUGGUCCGAAACUCAGUCCACGUUUUACCCAGGGAGAUGUUUGGGAUAUCGACGUUUGCAAUAGCCAUGGGGCUGUUGAGAUGGCUGCCGUUAAAAGCCGUCGACAAGCUUCUUCUGCUGGCGGCGAACUUGACGUUCGGAAAGACGGAGAGUUUGGGGCUCCGGCGGCCGAAGACCGGUCCGAUCGAGCUUAAGAACGCCACCGGGAAGACGCCGGUUCUUGACGUGGGAGCAUUGUCCUUAAUUAAGUCCGGCAAAAUAAAGGUGAUGAAGGGGGUAAAGGAGAUAAGCAGAAAUGGGGCAAAAUUUGUGGACGGACAAGAAAAAGAAUUUAAUUCUAUAAUUCUAGCAACGGGCUAUAAGAGCAAUGUCCCCACCUGGCUUAAGGGUUGUGAUUUCUUCACGGACGAAGGGAUGCCGAGCACGCCCUUUCCGAACGGGUGGAAAGGGGAGAACGGGCUGUACACCGUUGGGUUUACAAGACGAGGGCUUCUAGGGACCUCAUCUGAUGCCAUGAACAUUGCUAAAGAUCUUGCUCAACAAUGGAGGAAACCUUGUUCCAGUUCUACCCCUACUUCCCUAGCAUCAUAGCCCAUGGAUGCCAUUGUUUGAGGAUGGUUUUGGGACAAUGGAGGGGUAGAUUGGUAAAAGCAACGGGAAUUUUUUUUUAAAAAAAAUUUCAAUGUUCCCAAAAGUAGUGGAAGUUGUAUGCCAUUUUUUUUCAAUCAUCUCUUUCUUGGAAACAAAUCAUUUGUAAAUAUCCAAUUUUGCUUAGGGAUCUGUUUUCUGUUCUCCUAAAAUUAACUUGUGUAACACCAAUUGUGGGUAUGUAAUGUUAGAAUAAAAGUUGUGGAAAUAG